CUUACUCAGUUCAAACGCAUCUAACGCAGGAAUCGCGCGCGCGGUAGGAUGUAAUUAAAAAAAUAAAAACAAAAUUAGUGCCUUCAAUAUAUUUAAAAAAAUAAUGUGAUAUUAGUCAGUAUUUCAAACUGUGAUAUUGUGAACUUUUGUGCAAUUUUAUAUUAGAAUAAUGGGGGAACAAAAAAACGACUCGACACCGUUCAUCAAGAAUGGCAGUCAAACCAAUGGCGCGACCAUCGCCAAGACGCCGGAAAAGCCCCCCCUUAAAAAGGAUUCCAAGGCGGGGAGAGGGGUUGCCUGGAGACAAGUCCUGGCGUGUUUCCUCGCCAACCUGGGUACCAUCAACACUGGCAUGGCAUUUGGUUUCUCAGCCACUUCUCUGCCACAGAUGAAGGAUCCAAAUUCCACGGUGCACAUCAACGACGACCAGGCUGGUUGGAUAGCCAGUUUGAGCGCAGCGGGCACGCCCGUUGGCUGUAUCGUGAGCGGCUACAUGAUGGACAGCUUCGGUCGUAAGCUGACGCUGGUCCUCACAGAGGUACCUCUCAUAUGCGGCUGGCUCCUCAUCGCAGUCGCUCAGAAUGUACCCAUGAUCUAUGUUGGCAGACUCCUGGUGGGGUUCGGGUCGGGUAUGGUGGGCGCUCCAGCCAGGGUGUACACAGCUGAAGUAUCGCAGCCUCACCUGAGAGGCAUGCUGGGAGCCCUGGCUUCCGUAGGCGUCUCCACUGGCGUACUCAUCCAGUACGUGAUAGGCAGCAUGACCACUUGGAAUGUGUUGGCUGGUAUCAGCGCGUCCAUCCCCAUUCUGUCCUUCCUGACCAUGAUGUUCCUCCCGGAGACUCCCAACUACCUCCUGCAGCAAGACAAGAGGGAGAGGGCCGAGAGCUCCCUUGCUAAGCUGAGGGGAGGCUCGUGCGACCUCCAGGAGGAAAUACAGAGGAUGAUAACGUUCAAAGAGAAGAAUCAUGUCGAGCCGUUGAAGUCUCCAAAGGAAAUCUUCAAAGCUGUGAUAGCGCCUUCUGCCUUAAAGCCAUUCCUCAUCCUGGCCUUGUAUUUCCUCAUCUACCAGUGGUGUGGCAUCAACACUAUCACAUUCUAUGCUAUUGAAAUAUUUCAAGCAUCUGGAUCAACGAUGAGCAAGACAACAUUUGCGAUAUCCCUGGGUAUUGUCCGCUUAAUCUUCACCGUCGUCGGCUGCGUACUCUGCAGGAGAUUCGGACGUCGGCCGCUCACGUUUGUGUCUUCGGUUGGCUGUUCUGUGACUAUGGUGACGUUAGCAGUCUACAUGUACUUCGUGAAGGUGUGGCACGAAAAUGAACAGGAACCCGCGCUGUCCUGGCUGCCCCCCGCCUGCAUCUACCUGUUUGUGAUCUCCUGCACCAUCGGGUACCUCAUCGUGCCCUGGGUCAUGAUUGGGGAGGUCUACCCUACGCAGGUGCGAGGUGUUAUCGGAGGGAUGACGACGUGUGCCGCUCAUCUGUCAGUGUUCUCCGUGGUGAAGACGUUCCCGCAACUGCGAUCCUUGAUCGACUUCUACGGUGCCUUCGCUUUAUAUGGCGCUAUUACUAUAUUUGGCACUAUAUUCUUCUACUUCUGCCUGCCAGAGACUAAAGGAAGGACUUUACAGGAGAUUGAAGACUAUUUCUGCGGAAGAACGAAAACACUUAAAAAACAAAGUAUAACAAGCACAGCCUAGGAAUUAAUAUAAAUAUAUAAUUUAGGAAUCGAUAUACAAAUGUUGAAUUCUGAUAUUUUUAUUGAAAUAAUAUUUUUUAUGCAUUUUAGAACAGUUGAAAUAAUUUCUAUCACUCAUUCCAGUAUUAUAAAUGCAAAAGGAAUAUGUACAAAAUUUUAGAAUUCAAUCAAUUUCAAAUACCAGUGUAUAAAAUUUAUUAUAAAGUAAAAAUUGUAGAUUUUUUUGUAGAAUCUGCAUUAGAAUUAUCGAACGGAUGUUUUAAACGUAAAUAAUGGAUCGAUUGGGAAAAGAGUCUCAUAAAACGUGUUUGGAUUUAAAACUUUACCGAUUUUGGUAGAGUAACUGAUUUGGUAAACAUUUAUUUAUGAUAAUUUUGGAGCGCAGCACUACAAUGGGGUUUCGAAAUGCUAAGCAUAAUUUAAUUUGUAAAUAUUAGGUUUAUUAAAUUGCUUUUUAGUUAGAGAAUUCUUUAUUUUCAAUUGUUUAAGACCCACUCAGUGUAAUAUGACGAAAUUGUUAUAAAUUAAGUACAUUAUUGUAUUAUUAUGAUGUAAAUUGAUUCUGCAUUGUUGUUAAUUUACAAAGUGUUUGUUAGAAACACUAUGUUUUUAUUAAUUUUUUAGUCUUUUUAUUUUAAGUUUGUCUUCAUAAUAUGUCUGUAUACCUAACUACACAUCAUUUUAAUAAAAUUACUGUUUUAAUCAAAUGAUAUGGAAAAAACCGCAUCACGUCGUCAUUGAAAAAUUCACAGAACUCAAAUAUUCACACGCUUCGUCAAAUUAAUGAUCAACAGGUUUCGUCAAUAAAAUUAGGAUUUGCUAAUAAAAGAUUGCUAUUUAAAAGGCUUCUUAUAUACAAGUUUUCUACUUAGAUAUAAUAAGACUCAGCUUUUCAAAAUAGUAAUUUCUAGUCUCACUUUUCAAAAUAGUAAGUAAAUAGAUAAUUAAGAUAAUAUCAGUUAUAUUUUCUUUUUGAACAUUACAAGGAAAUAAUAAAAGCGAAGUGCCUUUAAAUGUAAAAUCAUGAUAAUAUAUCAACUAUAACAAUAUAAUAAGUGAGUUUUAGAUAUUUAAUUAGGUAUCUAUUUUAAAAAAAUGUUACCGAAAUAAAUAUUAGAAUAAAUUCAGAUUUUGGAUUUUAAGUAUUAAAAAUACGUUCUUAGUGUAAUAUAUGAAAUCCAUACUUCCAUACUAAUAUUGUAAAUGCAAAAGUCUGUCUGUUACGUUUUCACGGCUGGACCACAAGACCGAUUUUAAAGAACCCCGUUCAAACAUAGGCUACUUUUUUUCAAGAAUAAACCCCCAAUUGGCUAUAAUGAGGGGUGAAAGUUUGUAUGAAAAUCAUGUCUGUUACGCGUUUGCAGAAUAUCGUAACUAUGCGGGUGAAGCCUCGGGCUAAAGCUAGUGUUUAGUAGUUUAUAGAAACAUACAGUCCGUCAAGAAAGUGAAGAAAAUUAAUGUUGGCGCUGUCUCUUGUUGGCUGGCAACACUGCGUGUUUAUCAACCAAUCAUAACCUUCUAUUAUAUUCUUAUUCUAUUUGGUGUUGCAAUAGCAAAAAAUGUACUUCGUUAAAAAUCCGUUUUCAUUCAUUUCUUUACAGACUGUAUAUUGUCAAAUACAAAAAUGUGCCAUUUGAUAUAACGUGUUAAUAGUCAAUCUCAUAUCACCUAGCCACAAUUGUGUGAUAGGAUAUUAGGGCAUCUACACACUGCUUCAUUAUUGCAAUUGUAUGUACAUUUAAAUUUUAAGUAGGUAGUACUUAUGUAUUUAUGAAUUUUUCAUUAUUUAUUUUUUGUAGAUCGUCUAAGAAUGGACUUGUCAAUAUUGUUACAAUAGACAUAGAAUAUCAGUGAUCGACUUUCUCAAAGUUGCUAAGAAAUAUAUAUUUUUUUAUGCCAGCUUUACCUUAUGAAACAAAAUAUUAUCAUCUCACAAGUUCAAAAUAACUUGAAUUGUUUAUUUGCUCAUAUUUAUAUCAAUCGCCAGUUUAUUAAAACGUGCAAAGCAUUUAAUUUUAAGUGUUAAUGUAAGUAGUUUUUUAAAGCAUUUGUGAUAGUUACCAGGUAGAAAGCCAAGUGUUAUACAUAUCUGAUUUAGGUAAUUAAAAUGUAUUUAAUUACA